AUGGCGAGUCAUCUUAUAUGGGAUCUAGUCAAGAAGAAUAACUGUUUCUUGAUGAAACGAGGUGGUGAGCAAUUCAGCCGCGACCCGCUUAACCUCAAGGGCAAAAAUUGCUUCAUGUACAGUGGACUCGUGCACAAGAAAGCAAUCGGCGUUAAGCCUGAGAAGUAUGGCAAAGGUGUUGUAAUGAUCACGAAACGCGUUGGUUAUGACCACAAACCGGCAAAGGCCGUCGUUCGCACUAACUUGGUUCGUGGUCGUCGACGUGCUCUCCAGAAGAUAAGGAAUCACAUUUGUCGCCAAAAGUAUCGGCGUGAGUUGAAAAUGCUCGCUUUGAGGCGCGCCAGUGCGUUGUUGCUGAACCUAAAACCGACUGCUCCUCCCGCUGCAAAACCGAAAAAGGCGUGA